AUGGCUCGGACUAAGCUUGUUGCACUUGCCUUCAUAGUCUUGCUCAGCAUUGGGCUCUCUGAGGCCGGCCGAUCCCUGAAAUCUGGGGGUGGUGGUGGAGGAGGUGGUGGUGGAGGUGGUGGCGGAGGUGGUGGCUCAGGGGGCGGUUCCGGUUAUGGCUAUGGUUCCGGUUCUGGGUAUGGUGAAGGAGGAGGAUCUGGGGCAGGUGGCGGAGGAGGUGGUGGCGGUGGAGGAGGAGGUGGUGGCGGAGGGGGUGGCUCGGGAGGCGGGUCCGGUUACGGCUAUGGUUCUGGCUCUGGCUAUGGUGAAGGAGGAGGAUCCGGGACUGGUGGCGGAGGUGGUGGAGGCGGUGGUGGUGGAGGAGGAGGAGGUGGUGGAGGGAGUGGAAGCGGCAGUGGCUAUGGGUCGGGAAGCGGGUAUGGGUCUGGCUCUGGAUCUGGGGGAGCAAGUAGUGGAGGCUAUGGGAGAGGUGGAGGUGGA